AUGGCUGUACCAAUAUUACGAUUCAUCGCCGUCCUCCUCCACUGCUCCCUCCUCUGCUACGCCGGCGGCCGCCUGCCGAUCGGCGGCGAGGCGGCCAUCGAUGACUACAUUGUCGAGCCGACUAAUUUUUUGGGUUCGUGGAGAGUCGACUCGCCCAAUUGCGGUGUCUCGGCGAUGCAUAUGCAAUUAUUGCCCAAUAAUAAGCUCAUAAUGUACGACUCGACAAGUAACGGCUUGUCGGAAAUAAAAAAUGACCCCCCCUUGUGCCGGGGGAGGGUCGGAGGCCGCCCGACCGACCCCCAGCUCGAUUGCACAGCCCACGCUCUUGAGUAUGAUGCCGAGACGGCGCAGAUGCGACCGCUUAAUCUGGCCUCCAGCCCGUGGUGCUCCUCCGGCGGCAUGACGAAGAACGGCGAGCUGAUGUCGACCGGCGGCGACAAGGACGGGUUCCGCGCCGUCCGCAUUCUUAAGCCGUGUCCCAACUGCCAGUUCGAGGAGAAGAACCUCGCCCUCUUCAGCAACCGCUGGUACGCCACCGACCACCCCCUCGAGAACGGCACCUUUGCCAUCGUUGGCGGCCGCGACGCCUACAACUACGAGCUCGUCCCCGUCGACACCCUCGAAUUCACCCCCCAAAUCAAAGCCCUCCCCCUCCUCGCCGAAACCGACGACGACGCCGGCCGGGAGAACAACCUCUACCCCUUCGUUAACCUCCUCCCCGACGGAAACCUCUUCGUCUUCGCCAAUUACAAGUCCAUCGUCCUCAAUCCGUACACCGGAGAAGCCGUACGGAAGUUCCCCGACCUCGCCGGAAGUCGGAAUUACCCACCGUCCGCGAUGUCCGCUCUCCUCCCCGUCGACCUAAGCUCCGGCGACCCUAAGUAUGAAGUUAUUAUCUGCGGCGGCAACAGUCGCGACGCUUAUAUUUACUCCGAUUUGCAGCAGCCUAACCGGACAUUUUUGCCGGCGCUUAAGGACUGUCAGAGGAUCGAUUUGAUGAAGGAAGGCGCUGAUUGGGAUUCGGAGGAUAUGCCGUCGCCACGUGUCAUGGGCGACAUGGUGAUUCUCCCCACCGGAGAUCUGCUAAUUCUGAACGGCGCAAAGGCCGGCACGUCGGCUUGGAACGCGGCCGACCAGCCGAACAUGACUCCGGUUCUCUACACACCUAAUAAACCGAAGGGUCUCCGGUUCAAGGAACUCGCUCCGACGACGGUUCCCCGGAUGUACCACUCCAACGCCGCCGUGCUACCGUCGGCGGAGAUUCUCAUCGCCGGCAGCAACACCAACGCCUUCUACAUGAUGCCCAAGUACAACGACCUCUUCAUUUUUCCGACGGAGAUGCGGACCGAGAAGUUCACGCCGCCGUACCUGGACCCGCUGCUCCAGGACUGGCGCGUGGAGAUCACCGGCGCCGCGGAUCCGAUUCCGAUGAAGUACGGCGGCACCUUCACUCUCACCGUCACCACCAAAAAGGGGCCGCUGCUGCCGCCGGAGGUGAAGGUCACGAUGUACUCGCCACCGUUCACCACCCACGGCUACUGCCAGAACCAGCGGCUGCUCAUUCUCAGCCGGAAAGUUAGCGGCAAUACGUUGUCCGUGGAGGCGCCGCCGUCUGGGAAGGUGGCGCCGCCGGGGUACUAUCUCAUCUUCGUCGUCCGCCGUGGGAUCCCCAGCCGCGGCGUGUGGGCCCGUAUUGACAAUUAA